AUGCAUCAAACAUGUCAUGACUAUUUUGAAUGUAUUCAUGAUUUUCUCAUUCGAAUAAAUUCUUUUACCAGUGAAGCAACAGCUUUAGGGUUAGAAUUAAUUGAAGAAUCGAGAAUCGUAUUAGCUGAAAUACUUCCGACUGUUAAAUUGACUUUACCUGUUAAAAUCAUCUUACCAAUUAAUAAUACAAAUCGUGCUUAUUCACAUGGCAUUAAUAUUAUGCCUGGUGAUGGAACACCUAUAAAAAGUGCUCAUCUCACAAAUUAUUCAUUUAAUAUAAUACAAAAUAUCAAUAUUAAUGAUUUGUCAUCUAUCACAGUGGCAAUAUCCAGCAAUGCAUAUAGCUCUGUUAAAGUUUUACAAGUAUUUUCAACUGUCUAG